AUGGGAGCAGACAGUAAAACCGAGAAACGUAUUCAAGAGCUUGUACAAGAAUACAAGAAAUCCGGCGACGAUUACACUGUAGACAAUCCUCGAGCACUUAAGAUCCAUGUCAAGCGAGAUUUAACGUACAAUGAAAGAGAGCAUCGCAACGUAGUAGAGAAAGAACCACGCCGUAUCAGAGAAGAUCCCGUAGCAUUCAUGCUAAAUGUCGGCUUGUUCUACCAAGGCACUGGCUGGAGAGGAUAUAACAACUAUAUUGGCACCAAAAUAUUAUACCCUGGCUAUUCAGCAAAAAUGAAGCAAGUAGUACUAGAUAGUAAAAAAGUCCAAGAAAUUAUCACUCAAUUAGCUAAUCGACAAACUGAAAUCUUGGUUGCUCAAAAGAAAUGGAAGCCAAACGACAAACGGAUCGAGAAACAAAGAAAGGCGCUUCGAAAAGAGCUUGAAGUCGUUGCAAAAGCCAUUGCUGAGAAAGCCAUUGCCACAGUAGAUAGCGUUCGCACAUUGCGGUUCUUUGCCUUUGUAGUCAAUAAUAUCCUUGUGCGACUGUAUCAUCAGGGUGUUCAUAUUAGAGAAAGUGAAUGGGUCGAGCUAAAACGAGUUGCUUUAAUGGCACAAGAAAAGAAGCAAUCGCUCAUCUUUUUGCCAUCUCAUAAAUCGCAUAUCGAUUAUUUGGUGGUAUCCUAUUUGAUGUACAGAUUAGGAAUCCAAAUCCCCCAUAUUGUCGCCGGCGAUAAUCUCGAUAUGCCUGUCGUUGGCAAAUUAUUGAAAUCAUCUGGUGCCGUUUUUAUCCGUCGAGAAUGGGGAAAUGAUGAGUUGUACAAGACAGUUUUAGAGGAAUACAUGGCUACAUUGCUGGCUGAAGGCAUGAAUUUUGAAUGCUUUGUUGAAGGCACUCGAUCCAGAUUGGGCAAAUUACUGCAACCAAAAUUAGGUGUUGUCAAGAUCAUCUUGGAUGCCCUGGUUGAUGAUCGCUUUUCUGAUUGUCACAUUGUGCCUAUUUCGCUUGGUUAUGAUAAAAUCAUUGAGACUUCCAGUUAUGCAACUGAAUUACUCGGUACUCCCAAAGAAAAGGAGAGUCUAUGGGGUGUUCUGACGAAUAGCAGAUUGCUACAAUUAAAGUGGGGUCGUGUGGAUGUUCGCUUGGGCAAGCCUUAUUCAUUAAGAGAUUGGUUAGAUGAUCAAGUCAAGAUGAGAGGUCCAAUGGACCUCACCGACUCGACACAGAAAUCCGUCUUGCUGAAAUCGUUAGGCUACAGAGUGCUUGCUGAUAUCAAUGCCAUAUCUGUAGUCAUGCCUUCCGCACUAGUAGGCACUGUCAUCCUGACACUGAGAGGACGAGGUGUUGGUAGAAGCGAAUUGAUCCGAAGAGUGGAAUGGUUGAAAAAGAUCAUUGAAGAUAAAGGCGGCCAAGUUUCUGAAUUUCAUGACAUGUCUACUGGCGAAAUCGUGGACAAAACCGUGGUGAUCCACAAAGACUUGAUUGGCGAACGAAAAGGAAAGGAUAUUGUCGAACCUACAUUUUACCCCAUCGCCGCAUUCGAGCUCUCGUAUUAUCGCAACCAAGUCAUCCAUCUCUUUGUGGAGGAAGCCAUUGUCUGUGCUGCCUUGUACUCGGUUGUCAAGAAGGGCGGUGGAAAGCCUCUGCAGCGCAUGCAGUACGCUGACCUGCUGGAUGAAAUCUCGUUCCUUUCCAGUUUGUUGAAAUUAGACAUGAUUUAUAGACCUGGCGGCGUAGAGAGCAACACCAGACGUACCAUCCAAUGGCUCGCAGACAACAAUGUCAUUGAAGUGUGUGAAGAUGGCUGGGUAGGAUUAUCUGAUAUGGAGAGAAGCUGUGGCAGAGAAAACUAUGAUUUCCUCUGCUUUAUGAUCUGGCCCUUCAUUGAAUCAUACUGGUUAGCUGCUGUCAGUUUGUUCACUUUGGCACCUCCUAGCGUCGUUGCAGGACAAGACCCUAUUUGGGUUGAUAGUAAACUGUUUGCCAAUCGAACUCAAUCGUUAGGCAAGACACUUUAUUACCAAGGCGAUCUCAGCUAUCUGGAGGCUGUCAACAAGGAAACGUUGAGCAACGCAUUUGUUCGCUAUGAAGAGCAAGACAUCUUGCUCAAGAGACGCCACAGUAAUCCCAAACCAUGGUCUGAAGUCGCUGUCAGCCCUGCUUAUACCCCUGAACGCCAAAAUGGCAUACUCAUGCCUAGAGGUCAUCUGUGGGAAUUAGUGGAUCAUAUUGGUAGAUUUAGACGUGAGGGCAAGAAUAGAAGAGACAAUGCUACCGUGAGCACUCGUGUGCUUCGCAUGGCUGAUAUUUUGGGCGAGGAUAAUGCUAUUCCCACUGCAAAUCAGAAGGCUGCCGCUAAAGCCAAAAUCUAA